UGCCAAUUUCAGCAGUUUGUUCAGCGUCAUGCAAGUCCCGAUCGCUCCGCCCGCCGACGACGACCUCAUGGAGGCGCUCGGCUACUUUUCAGAGGACGUAGCCGUCCUGGCUCAGGAUCCGCGUUCCCCAUGUGAAGCAGACGCAACCGACGAGGCCAUGGACUCGAUGCUUCUGUCUCUAGAGAUUCAGGAACUGCUCUCCACGGACGAUAAAGUCAAGGUGGAACCGGCUUCACUGGAAGAGCCGAAGAAAAUCGACCGGCGGCUGAGACCGUACUCGACAUGUAAGCGUCGCAACCGCAGGCGUCCGAAGCACGAGCUCGAGUACUUGCGAGCCAAAGUGGUUGAGCUGCAGGAAGACCUGGAGACUUUGGGGAAGGCGGAGGUUGGUUCUCCGAACGCUGUUGGUCAGGAGACCGCUCUGGCUACGCUUGACUUGAACACAGGCGUAUCGAGUUGGAAGGAGAUAGCUGAACGUCAGAAACUCGGGGUGGAGAGCUCCGUUGCCGAGAACCGCAGGCUACGUAAUCGGUUACUCGGUCAGUUGCAAGUGGCGCGUGUCCUGGAAGCUGCGAUCGCUCAGCAUCAGAAAGAGACAGGAGAGUCGACGAUCGGUGGCGUGGGUAGAUCAAUGAAUGGGACGGACAGAGAGAUCUUCGCGCAACUUAAUAGCUGUGUGGACAAGCAGUUCGCCGAGGUGAACACGGAGCUGACGACGAGUGGACUAGCGAACGUACUGCACCAACUCAGUGGCGGGUUCGAGUUCAAACGAGAAGCCAACGGCAUCACGUUCCGACACGAGGAGACUCGACUGCUGCCGUUCUCGAUGCAGGCUUUUCACCACGCGAUCUGGAACUGUCUGCACAAUGGCUCAAUAGUGAAGCAGACUCACGCGCAGAUUAUCACUCAAAACCACUCCAACCUGGUCGUGCGCGAGACGCUGCAGCUCCCAAAGACGCAUCGAAUUAACGUCACGAAGCGGUCAGUUUUCCGCCGACAUGUCGAGAAGGAUCGCGUGGUGUUCGUUUGGACCAGUUACGUGGAAAUCGAUGGCUCAGUGUGCGUGCGUCUACGAGAGAGAGGGUGGAGUACCUGCUCGACUUUCGAGUUUCAUCGUGGAGUUAGUGCUGGGGAUAACAGUUCCAGCAACUGUAUCCAAGGCUGCAUGACUCGGAUGGCUAUUCAACUGACGCCUGAAGUGUCCGAGUUCCAGUCAGAGAAAGAGGCGCAAAGACAUAUCGGAGACGUGACAGAUCUCAUUGUGGGCACUUACCACCAAAACUUUGGAUUGAUUCAUGAGGUGGUUGAGAGAAUUCUGGUCACUACCAAACGUUUAGGCGCGACUGAAGCUGACAGUGACAACUGUGGCAAGGUAGUGGUCAUGUGAACGACUCAUUGAUGUUUGGGUGUUGUGGGUAGAGUAAAAGUCAAGUGUAAUGAUGUUUUUAUUGUAGUGAAGGUUUGUUCCUAAA